UAAGUAUAGAGAAAUGUUGAUAAAGUUGAAAUCCAAAUGGCAACUCUUCACCCCCUCCUCUCUACACAUCUCUUCUUAACACCACUCUCUUCAUCUCCACAUAAACUCCACAUCAUCUCACCUUCUAGGUUUUCCUUCACCGUCCGAUCUUCCGCCGAUGACUCCGACGAAACUCAACCCACCGAUUCCGAUCCAUCAUCAUCAUCAGAUCCCGACAGUUUCGACAACAAACUCUCUCAAAUCAGGUUACGUUACCGAAGCGGAUCUGGAAAGAAAGCCGAGAUUCGCAAGAGCCGAAAAGGACAGAAAUCAUCAUCAUCUUCCUCAUCCUCUUCUUCUGGUAAAUUGUUCCUUCCACCGGUGCCGUUGAAAGAACCGAAUUCCGGUGGAUUGAAGGUCGACUUUGGAUUUAGUUCGUAUUCGGAACGGGUAAAUGGACGGUUGGCGAUAGUAGGGUUAUUGGCUUUGGUAUUGGUGGAAUUGGCGACGGGGAAAGGAGUGAUUAAUUAUCAUAAACCGUCGGUUGUGUUGCUUCAAUUGUAUUUCAUGGCGGCGGCUUCGGCUUUGUAUUUGAAGUAUGAGAAGGAGAAGGUUAGUGUUUGGCCUGAAUCUGAUCAGAAAUGAUGAUUUUAUGUUUGUAUAUAUGUAUAAGAUUGAAUUGAAUUGAAUUUACAAAUUGAUGCAAUUGUCUUCUUCUUUCUUCUUCAUCAUCUAUGUAACCUGAUUUUGAUUUUAACUAUUUGAUGGUAAUUCUGUU